UCCCCCAUUCCACACUCUUCUCCUUCCCCGUGACACAGGCAGUUGCUCAGCUCUCACAUCCAGCCCAGACUCUGCUCUCGCCGACCCCCCUCCAUCAGGCACUGAGCUCCAUCCCGUGCUCCUCUUCCUCCCUCACACUCCGGCUCUAUUUAUAGGCACCAUGGAUGGAGCUAGGGAUGGAGGCAGGUAGCAGCUCGUGCUCCGCAGAUGUUAAAGCACUUGCUGAACCCUGUGCAUCAUGACUAAAGAUCAAGCUUUCACCUCAGUCCCUGGGGCCACAUUCACUAACACUAAAUCUUCUUCUUUCCAACAUAAGUGUAAGUUAGCGGAAAAGGCAGAAAAAGCUGACAGGAAGCUAAGGAGGCGCCAGAGAUACGUGGAAAAGAACGGUCGUUGUAAUGUCCAACAUGGCAACGUGCGAGAAACCUAUCGAUAUCUGACUGACAUCUUCACCACUCUGGUGGACCUAAAGUGGAGAGUCAGCCUCUUGGUGUUCAUCCUUGCUUAUGCCAUUACCUGGCUCUUCUUUGGACUCAUUUGGUGGUUUAUUGCUUACUGUCGUGGGGACCUUGAUCACCUAGAGGACAGAACGUGGACUCCAUGCGUCAACAACCUCAAUGGGUUUGUCUCUGCCUUUCUCUUCUCUAUUGAGACAGAGACAACAAUUGGCUAUGGACACAGGGUCAUCACAGACAAGUGUCCGGAAGGGAUUAUUCUUUUGCUCCUUCAGGCCAUCCUGGGCUCUAUGGUCAAUGCUUUCAUGGUGGGUUGUAUGUUUGUAAAGAUCUCCCAGCCCAACAAAAGGGCAGAGACGCUGGUGUUCUCCUCUCACGCUGUCAUCUCUCUGAGGGAUGACAAGCUCUGCCUCAUGUUCAGGGUUGGGGACUUGCGAAAUUCCCACAUUGUGGAGGCUUCCAUCAGAGCAAAGCUCAUCAAAUCCAAACAGACACAAGAGGGAGAAUUUAUCCCACUCAACCAGACAGACAUCAAUGUGGGGUUUGAGACUGGUGAUGACCGCCUAUUCCUGGUCUCACCCCUCAUCAUCAGCCAUGAAAUCAAUGAGCACAGCCCCUUCUGGGAAGUGUCCAAACGCCAACUGGAGAAGGAUGAGUUUGAGAUUGUGGUAAUCCUUGAAGGCAUGGUGGAGGCUACAGGGAUGACGUGCCAGGCUCGCAGUUCUUACCUGGUUGAUGAGGUUCUGUGGGGGCAUCGCUUCAUGUCGGUACUGACCCUGGAAGAUGGAUUCUAUGAGGUGGAUUAUAAUACUUUCCAUCAGACAUUUGAGGUGCCCACCCCUUCAUGUAGUGCCAGAGAACUGGCAGAGGCUGCUGCGAGGAUGGAUGCCCAUUUGUACUGGUCUAUUCCAAGUCAGUUGGAUGAGAAGGUGGAGGAAGGAACAGAAAAGGAGAACUUAACCAAGGAGAUAAAUGGGACUCUGUCCAGUGCAGAGAGUGAGCAGGUUCUGCUGGAGUGAGUGACACAAUAGUGAGGAGGUUCUGCUGGAGUGAGUUCCCCAAUAAUGAAUAGGUCCUGCUGGAGUGAGUGCCCCAAUAAUGAAUAGAUCCUGCUGGAGUGAGUGCCCCAAUAAUGAAUAGAUCCUGCUGGAGUGAAUGCCCCAAUAAUGAAUAGGUCCUGCUGGAGUGAGUUCCCCAAUAAUGAAUAGGUCCUGCUGGAGUGAGUUCCCCAAUAAUGAAUAGGUCCUGCUGGAGUGAGUUCCCCAAUAAUGAAUAGGUCCUGCUGGAGUGAGUGCCCCAAUAAUGAAUAGGUCCUGCUGGAGUGAGUUCCCCAAUAAUGAAUAGGUCCUGCUGGAGUGAGUUCCCCAAUAAUGAAUAGGUCCUGCUGGAGUGAGUUCCCCAAUAAUGAAUAGGUCCUGCUGGAGUGAGUUCCCCAAUAAUGAAUAGGUCCUGCUGGAGUGAGUGCCCCAAUAAUGAAUAGGUCCUGCUGGAGUGAGUGCCCCAAUAAUGAAUAGAUCCUGCUGGAGUGAGUGCCCCAAUAAUGAAUAGAUCCUGCUGGAGUGAGUGCCCCAAUAAUGAAUAGAUCCUGCUGGAGUGAGUGCCCUGAGAGUGAUCAGAUUCAGCUGGAGUGACCCCCCAGUGGUUGCUGGAGGGAGUUGCCCCAUGAGUUAGUAGGUUCUGCUGGAGUGAGAAAGACCAAUAAAGAUUUAUUUUGAA